AUCCGCCUCCCAGUUGCCAAGCUCCUUCACGCCAUGUCGACCCCCGCCUUGUCCGGACAGCCGCAGUUGUACAUCUACGACCACUGCCCGUUCUGCUGCCGUGCGCGCGUAGCUCUCGGGCUCAAGAAGGUCAAGUACGACGUUCUAUUCCUGGCCAGUCACGAUGAGGCCACGCCCAUCGGCCUCGUAGGCUCGAAACAGGCUCCGAUCUUCGUGCCCGUGGGCGAGAAGCCGUUCCCGGAGAGCUGGGACGUCGUUAAGUACGUGGACGAACACUACGGCGACGGCCCCAUCCUCAAACCCGCCUCGGGUCGCGAGGAUCUGGCCAAAUGGUACGACACAGUCAUGCCGCUCUUCACGACGCUCUUCCUGCCGCGCUUCCACGCCGCGCCGCUGCCUGAGUUCACGCUUAAGGAGUCUCGCGACUACUUUAAAAACAAGAAGGAGAAGAGCUUCGGCUCGUUUAGCGAGAACCUCGCUAAGUCCCCGGAGAUCGUUAAGCAGGUCAACCAGCUGCUCAAGGAACUCGAGCUUAUGCUGCACUCGAACCACUCGGUCAACGCCGAGCUGAGCUACGACGAUCUGGAUCUGUUCGGUCGUCUGCGCGGUCUUACGCUCGUCAAGGGCGUCGAGUGGCCCACCAAGGUGCGUGAGUUCCUCGAGUAUUUCUCCGAGGCUGGCGACGUACCGCUCUACGACAACGUGGUCAAGAUCUAAAGAGAUAUGAUGGCUACUGGCACUGAAGACUGUGGUAUCGUCUACGUAAAAAGAGUCACUUGUUGAGAGAUAUGGCUUUACUCGGGUCUGAACUUGUUGGCCUUCUUCAUCUUCUCUACCAGCUGACGAUCCUCUUCAAACCGUUCACGAAGUGUUUUGAGUUCUGUUUUAAACAAAAAUAAAAAACACCUUUUGGUAAGCAUCUCACGACAUGAGUACAAUAAAAAACCCUGUAAAUCAACGUACGAUCUCGCUUCUUCUCGCGCGUCUGGAACCUGUAAAAGUUGUCGAGCUCCUUGCUCUUCUGCUUCUUGGCAGGUCUGGCCAGCACCUCCUCCGUCUGCACAAUACCGCGCUUCUUGGUGUUUACUACCGUUUGGAAUCCGUCGUCAUCCACCUGGCUCUUCAGCUCCUCGCGACGACGCAAGUCUUCCGCCUCCAUCUCGUCGAACGACGCCAUGUAGCGGUCUGUCAUCUCCUUGAUCACCGAUAAUCCCGGACGGUUGCGACGGUACUUGGCCGCAUACGCUGCACAUUAAUUAUCAGCGUCAGUACCUCAUUGUCUUCUUCAAUUGAGCGCAAUUUACUCCACCUUGCAGUCCACAGGGUUUACUCGGUGCAGGCGUCUCCAGAGCGUCCGCCUGUAGCAUCUUGUCCAGCGAUUCCUCGGUUUUAAACACUACGUGGGCCGUGCGGUUGACCGCGUUUUCAUUUAAAUCAUCUUCUUCCUCGUCUUCUUCGUCGAAUAGACCUCCUGAUCCCGCUACGACGUGCUGGAUGGCGCCCAGAGGCUCCAAACACGCGCGCAGCCAUUUCUCAGACGCAUGAACAGGCAGAUUCACAACGUACGCGGUGCGACCAGUGGCGAGAACGGACUCAGUAUGAGAACCAGGCUUGGCGUCGUGCUGCUUGGCGUAGAUGAAACGCUGGAACGAGCUGUGCGGCAGCGGUAGCGCGAUGGCAUGGUACCCGCCGAACACCUUGGUCGACGCCAUGCUAUGUGGGUAUGAUGUUGACUGGCUGAGCUAGUGGUGUAAUGCGAUUGGUGGAAAAAACAACGGUACACUGUACCGCCUAAAUGUUUUGAGCUGGAGAGUAUACGGACCAAACAAGACUAAAAAGCUCAUUAUGACUAAAGUGAUCAAAAAGCUCUUUGAGGCGGCGAGGAAGCGGUGGUGACGUCGGUUGAUGCGCUGACGGAUCCUCCGUAUAUUGGGGUGGCUGUCAUGAUUGCAGAAUACGCGAAGGACGUUGGGAUACCGCAGGUCUCAACAGCCACUUCACCUGCUUCAUUGAUUUUCCAGCUUGGGAAGCAGAAGUUGGAGUGGCAUUCCUUCAAGAAGGCUGACAAGGGUGACUCCAGUCGUCGCUGUCCUCGCCUGAAAAUGCCCCGAAGUCAGGACACGGCUCAAAGGAAAUUCUCCAUCGGACAUUCGUAAACCUCAAGAGACUGGAUGGCUUUGGGGAGUGCCUGUGACGCUGAUCGAGUCUAACAGUAGAAAGAACUACUGCAGUGUCGAGCACAACGAGUAUUCAGCGAGGUGUGCUCGCCCAGCCGAAAUAGGAAGAAGAACGGCGUCACACUGCAGAGAUUCGGGAAAGAAUCCGUCAUAUUUCUCCGUGCCACUUCGUGUCGACAGCCUAUUUACUCGCUAUUGUGUAAGCAAAACUAAUAUUGACCGUAUACAUUUACCGCGGGAGAUCAGCAAAACUACUUGUAAUUGUUCAUCGCUUGGAGCAUCGCGUAGACACCAGUAGCGAUGAGU